GCUAACAGUACGCGCCGUGUACUUAUCCGGGGAGGUGGUGUUUUUUCGUGCAGUGUGCACUUGGGCUUGAUUUGUAGCUGUUUUUUGCGAGGUUUGUACGAUUAAUGAAUUUAAGUUUGGACACCGAUCUUCAACACUCGAACAUGUGAAGGUAUUCCCCCGUUUUUCUCAUAAAUAAUUCGGUUCUUUGAAGCUGCAACUCGGCAUCGGGGACGGCUCAGUGGUUUGGUCUGGACGUUUUGUAAACUGACAAAUAAAAGGCCAUCUCUUCUUAAGAAAUCCAGUCGGCUUUAUUCUCCUUGAUCAAAUAUUCAGAAGCUCGUGUUAUUGUUCCUAUGUCCGGACAUUGUCUGCCUUAUAAUGGACAUCAUGUAACCAAGCAAUGGAAAGAUCACAGCGGGACAUCAAGAUCGAUUCGUGAAGAGGCAAUGACUCAGAAUCUGAGGCAGUAAGUCAUCCAAGUCGUUGAAGCGAUCUCUUACAUGUAGUUUUCUGAGGAAUUGGUUGGUUCUUCGUCCGACUUCCGUGGCCCGAGAGCAUAUUUGCAACCUAAUACAAGGAUAUGAGCUCACGGUGAUGAUGCACAGUCCAUCUUAAUCCGCAUCUUAUCCGCAUCGUCGGCCCUCUGUGAGGAUGGAUUCCCUGUCCUCAUCUAUCCCUGCCGGCAACACACGCUACCCUCGCAAGAUGCAGACGGCAAUCUCUUAUGAGCAUCUGGACCGUGACUUCAUCACUGCGUCCCGUCAAGAUGCCGCCUCUCGCCGCUCGCAUCACUUGAGGACCACCUCCUUGCCCAAGAUAGCCACGGGCCGAAGUGUCCGCAGUGCCAAGAAGUUGUGGGAGGACCAUGAGCGCAUCGAGGUGCAAUCCAAGGUGCAAAAGGAAAAUGAGAGACAACCUGAAGUCCCACCUUUGAGAGUUCCCAAAAAUCCCCACGGUCUCUACAAACACACCGUGCAACCUGUCAAGCCAUUUCACAUACUUCAUAGUCCCUCCGACUACGGCCAGGCCAAGCACCAACUACGGGAGCUGUAUGCACAGGUCACGUACCUGUCCAAUGCUGUUAGGAACUGCGAUGGCUCGGCCAGUUAUAAGGGUAUGUGUAAACAGCAGCGCAGCCACAACAGCGAUGACAACAACCCCUUGCGUCUACACUGGCCCUCCUCAAACAAUAGUGUUCCAAUACCCCGCCUUCUGUUACCAGUGAUGCCGGGUACCAACACCAAAUGGUACUCCUGGAAGGUGGACACACCUAGAGAAGAGUCCUCCCCACGGGUUAGGGGGGAGAAGCAGGGAGGUGGAAAUGACAAAAGAUAUACAGCAUCAGCACCCGUAUCCCGAAGUUUGGACUUCCUAGAGAGAUACGGCAAGAACACAAACUGUGCGGCUUCCACUGUGGACGACUCUGGAGGUAGAUGGUCUAAGAACAAAAAAGAGGCUUGCACAAAGUCUCAGGAGGGACACCUCAGUAUUAAAAGUGCCGAUGGGACAGACAUCACAGAGUCACUUGCUUCAAGUUCCCUGUCGUCAAUCAUUAAAUAUGAUGCCAACAAAUUCAAGCUGAAGGACGAUGAGGUGGUUGCUGGGAAAGCCAUCUUCCUGACCCAGUCAGAACAUCAGAAAAUGUCAAGCGUGGAGGAGGUGCACACUGAUGUGGCAGGCGUCAGUUGCCAUGGUGACUAUAAGAAAGAAAUAGAAAAUGCAGCACCUGAGAGGAAUAUGUCAAAUGACGAAGAUGUCAAAGGGAAAAGUGGAACGUUGGAAGAAAUCAGGGAAUGGAGUCAGGAAGAUGAAAUGGAUGCAGUUGCACGAGUAAAUGUUACAGUUGCCGAACCCGUUGAAAACCCUGCAUCAGAUGACCCUCAGUGUUCCAUGCGUGAUGAUCUUGCUGAUAAUCUGCUUCUUCAACAGGAAGAUAAAAAUGUCGAACAGGUCGGCAUGGCAACAGGUAAUGAACUGGAGGCAAAAGCUUCAGAUGACAAUCAGGAAGUUACUAAUUCUUGCAAUAACCACUGCGACAGUGACGAGGCUCUGCAAAGCAAAGCAGAUGGCUCUGUAACUAUGGCAACACAGGACGAAAAUUCCAAUUCCAACAAACAAGAUGUUUUAGAAGAGCCAAGCAACAACGAGGGGGCCCAAGAUGUCUCUGAUGACAAAACAGACCAACAUCAAGUGAUUAUGCUCAGCAAAGACAUUCUAGACUCUGAACAAGUCUCCCCAGGAGCAAAUCAUUCUGUUGCAGCUGAAACCAACCAUGAACAGACUGAGAGCGAGUGUAGAGACGCCUCUGAGGAAGUACUACCAAAUGAGAAGUGUGAAGACAGUGGUACAUGAUUGUGUUUAAAACAUAGAAAUUUCAACCACUGUAUUCUUGCUUGUGUAAAGAAAAAGUCAGGCAGUUGACUGCCGUGCACUAGAGGCCCCCAGUAAUGGAGGAAUCAACUUAUCAGCUGUUGUAUGAAGUAACUAGCCCCUGAUGGUCUUUUUUUCAACAUUUAACACUAGGCUCCCAUCACUGCUGAAGGUUCUUGAGUGUUCAGAAGCACGUAUGUGAAGUUGCCCUCACAGGUUCAUCACAAUACCAGUCAGUGGUAU